UUCUCAAAUAUGCCAUCUGUUGUCAUAUAUCUUUUUCCUACGUUUAUGCCGGCAAUCUGUCAUAUUUGUUAUCCGUACAAACUAGACUUCCAAUGCACCUACGGAGUAACGGAGGAGAGUGUGUAGCCUAAUUUGGUAAAAUGGCGGACCACGAGCUUGCUAGCUUCGAUGGAUCGGAGGCGGUUCCUCAAAUCGUUUCUCCAACUGCUUCUUCUUCAGAAAUAAAAAGCCACCCCCAGAAGGUUUGUCAAAAAUGUGGUGAAAAGUACCAUAUUGCGACCCGUGUGUGCAAAGUUUGUGGUGAAAGUAUUGUUGUGCAGAAACAAUAUAAAGUGCCAGCAUCGGCAAAGCCAAAGAAGAUUUGCAGAGAAAAAUUUAGUCUUCAACAGAAAGCCAUGAAUCUCCAUUACUCGAAUGGUUAUGAGGUUGUUGUGCUUUAUGCAAAACGCCACAAAAAUGGUGCAUUGGGAAUUUCCACUUUUGGCACCCCAGGCGUGAUGCCCUUCAUUGGUACAGGGCGAUUCUCAGGCAGGCCAGAAGGGGGCAGACUUUGCUGUCAGCUUUUUGAACGGUUUUUAAGAGAUUCCCAGAUGCCAGAGUCCCAAAGAAAUGAAAUUGAUGAUGUUGCAAGGGAGGAAAUUGAUGAUGUUGCAAGGGAGGAAAUUGAUGAUGUUGCAAGGGAGGUUAAAGAUCUUCCUUUAGUCAGACGUGGAAAAAAACGGAAGAAUAGAGGAAGCAGAGCAACAAAGAAGGCCAAAUUUUGGAAAGUGGAGAGAGUGGAAAGAAUAAGAAAAGAAGCAAAUGGGAAGCUUUUAUUUUUUAUUAAAUGGCUGGACUGGGAGCCGAGCUCAAAUUCUUGGGAGCCAGAAGAGCAUCUUUUGCCUGCUUUGGUACAAGAUGCUCUUGCAUGUAUUCCAGUCGAAAGUCAAUAGUUAUUUAGUUUGAAGUUUAGCUUAGAAAAAGUUUAGCUUAUUGAUACACUAAAAAGUCUAUGAUUAUUUUUUGAAGUUUGCAUAACUACAGCACUAAAUGGUCUUAUCAAAACUUGGGAUUGACUUGGAAAGACUAAUAAUAGACAAUAAAGUAAUAUAUUGGCCAUAUAAUACACAGAAACGUAUCAAAAUUUUUUAUAAAUAACUUUACUAAGAAGCAUAUAGCGUCAGCAUAAGAAUGUUUAACUUUAUUUACAUGUUGUAAAAUUUGAAGGUCGAUUUCCUUCAUUGUAUUAGGGGCAUGUCGCGCUCCAUUCAUAUGCGAUACCCCUACCUUUAGAAAACGAAUUGGAGACAAAUGCGUGCCUUUGAUGCACGUUUGAUAGUAUAUUAUAGAUUGAAAAUGUUUCUUAGCAUUUUUACAAAAUAAUUUUUAUCGAUUUGGGAAAUUCCUUCAAACUGUUUUUUUGUAUAUUUCUGCCGUUUUUCCUACAUUAAUGACAUGCUUCAUCUUUACAAAUGGUUUCUCCUGUGAUAAGGAAAAUUGUUAGAGAAUAGAGGGAGGGGUUGGGAUUUGAACUGCAUGCAGACGUAUCGAGGUCCCAUUUUAUAGCAAUGUUUUCCAAAAAAUUUUACCAAAGAAAAGACAUCUGCUGGUUAGAUUUUUACGCUUAUUUAAACUAUUGUUUUUUCAGGACUUUGUUAAUAUUCACUUUGAUUAACAAUAAACGACAAGAAGUGAGCGUUUUCAAGGCUCUACCAAAUCGCUACAAAAUUCUACCAAAUAAUAUUUGCAUGAAUUCAAAAAGGAUUGUUUACAGAACAGAUUUUAAAUAAGCCAUAUAUUUUGGUCUCAUCUUAAAAGGAUGAUAUUUUACCUUGUAUAAAGCCUUCAAAGCUUUUCUGGAUGAAAAUGUUGCAAUAACCAACAGGAAUAAAUAUUCAAUGAUUUUUUUUGGGCUUUUAAGCAACCUGGGGCGCCUACACAGGGGGGCUGGAGGGUCAGCUGCCCCUCCUGCCCUCUUCGAAAAAGGGCAGAGGGGACAAGAAGUGUCAUGAAAUAUAAGAAAAUUCUAUAAAAUCUUAUCGAUAAUUGAUGACCACUUGGACUACUCUCGUUAGAAAAUAUUAGAAAGAUGAUAACACCAGCACGAAAAUGCAGAGAAUGAAAAGUUUGUCUGUGACAAGGUCGGCCAGAAGAGGGAGAGCGGCAAAGAUAAUAGUAUAUUAACAAAAGACGUAUUCCAUCAGAAGUACUCCAGGAACCUUAGGAGGAUAAAUCGGAAUUAAAACUUAGCGGGCAAUCAAAAUUUUACAACCAGCCCAUUUAUAACAGCCAUGAUUUUUAUAAAACCAAAUAUUGUGAUUAGUGACAAGGCCAUUUAAUAGCCAUUUUUAUUUAUGGGUAAUUUCGUCAAAACUUUCUCUCUAUGUUUAGAAUCUUUGAUGGUAAAAAAUCCAUAUUCAAGUUGAUAUUUAUUAAAGGGCCUCUCCGGCCAAAAAAAAAAUUUUUUCUAUUGACUAAAAAGUUAGUAUCUGGUGCGUGUAUUAUAGCAAAGUUGUUGUUUUUGCACAGUUUCAAUUAGUUUAGAAAUUAUAAGGCUUUAAAAUUGCACCUUUACGAGAAAAAAACGACAAACGCCGAAUCAGUUUUGUGACAUUCUGACGUCACAGUGUGCGGCUCUCGUUCGUCAUGAAUUUCGUAUAUCUUCCACCGAAUCGUGAAGGAGUCAUGGUCACGCGUUGAUAACUGCAUCUAAAUCUACAGCAGGUGCUUUUUAGGAUCGAAAAAUAUUCAAUGUUUACAAUUAUUCUAAGUUUGCGGGUCGGAAUGUGUCCAUGCUGUGUCACGACUUUGUUUUGAUCACCUGUGUAGGCCCACAAAGCUACGGCUUCCUGUUCCAGCUCUUCCCUCGCGUAUAAUUAAUCGAAAUUGACACUUCAAGUUGUUUUCCAGAAACGAUGAACAACUAAAGGCUUCAGAAUUGAUAUCUGAAACGCUCAAACUAAAAGCCGGUGGAACAGAACUGAGUGUACCAACAAUUGCAGUGUUCAAUUUGCGAAUCGCCGACGUUCGAUACGGUUUGAGGCGAGACUAACGAAAUACACUGUGACGUCAAAAUUGCGUCACAGUGUCACCAAACCGAAAAAUUUUUGUCGGUUAAUUCAAUUCAAUUAUCGAAAUGCAAGAGCUUAUAUCUCACAAACUGUGAAAAAUAUCGAAAAACAAAUAACGAAUUCGUGAUCAGCAGGUUCAACUCCUUUAGAUUAGUCAAUAAAAUGCAAUUGCAAAUUUUGGCUGGAGAGGCCCUUUAAGUUACCCCACCCUCGCCCCCUCCCACCUAGAAAUGCUCGAUUAUGUUAGAAGAAAGUUCCACGAUUUGCCCUCGGCACCAACACUGCCCCUCCUGCCUUGAUUUUGUGCAGGCGUCCCUGCUAGCAACCAUAUAUUCUGCUUGCGGCUGUGAAAUUAUGUUGAAUCAACUUUGUAAGCAAUUUUUUAUUUUUCUCUGGCCUUGCCCAAAUAGAAGUUUGAACAGCUUCUAAGGAAACGCCGAUUGUGCCCAUCUACAAUGGAAAUAAAACGUCUGCGGUGGGCUUUAAGGUUUUCUAUUUGAUGAAAGUUUCAAAUGUUAACAAAGCUUCUUAAUAUCCCUGACAAUCUCCACUUAACUCUUUUCGCAUCAUUGGUUGGAUUGAAAUUUUCUGCUUUGGGAACAGACAGUGGAUAGAUGGACGCAUAUUCUAUUUCAUACAGUUUCAAAUUGAAUCUUUCCCAAGCGAAAGUUUUCUUGGGGAUAGUAGCUAGAUAAACUUGUAUUUUGACUUGUUGAUUCUUAUCUUGAAAAAAAUUCUUUAUUGCCAUUUACCAACAAUACCAUAAGUUGCUAAACCCCCUCUCGAAAAUUACUCAAUGGGGGCUGGAACCCCCAAGCUACUGCUUAGUUGGUGGCUGUGGUCAAAAGUGAAUAAAUGAUUUUCAAACAAUUGACAAAAUAUGUUUUAUAUAUUAAAGUACAAACGUUUGAUCAAAAAGUUACAAAAUUAGCUAUUUUUCAUUAUCCUUUCAUUUAUUUAGUUCUUUAUUAACAGCUUCUUCCGCCAGUAAAAGAUGUCACUCUCAAAUGAAGGUUUGGAAGCGUUAACAUUUAUGAGCAAUAUAGUUUCAAAACCUAGAACCUCUCGAAAUUUAUAAUAAAACUAUUAUUGAGGUUUUCCACCAUGAUAUCUGAUGCCACAACCUUAUAAUCAGUGAAAAAGUGGGGAGAAACGAUCUCCACACCCCCCUGCUCCAGCGUGCCUGCCCACCUACGCUAAAAAAUCUUGGCUUUUUUGUUAAGACCUGUUCUUAUUAUCCUUGUGCACUUGGAGUAGUUCACCCAAAGUAUGUUAAUUUUUCCCCUACCAUUAAGUAUGUUUAAAAACCUACUAUGGAUGGUCUCAAACUUAAACAUGUAAAUAACAAGGGGGCUUGACGCCCCCCAAAGGUUGGAAAAUCCAAUAGACUCCCAAAGUCAUGACGUCAUAAAAAUCUAUUUUUAGAAUUUUUGAAUUUGGAUCCCAUAGCCUCAAAGAGAAUCAUGAAAUACCGCUAAAUGUGCAAAGGCAGUCAAAUGUGCUACGAUUUGGCUGAGAUAUGGCCACGUGUAUUUGCUAUUUCCCCCAUCAAAUUUUGGUUCAUAACUUUAUGAACAGAGCCAAAAUAACAGUGAUUCGUUAGCAAACUUCAAAUCUUUCAUUGGCAGUAUCUCAACCGAUUUGAGACAUAUUUGACUGAUUUUGCAUAUUUUGAAGUAUUUUGUGGUGAUCUUUUAUGUUUUGUGGAUAAAUUUCAAAAAUUGUAAAAAUAGGUUUUUGGUGACGUCUCAUUUUAGAACUCUAUUACAGUUGGAAAACUUACCGGUUCACUUGGAUCUUUUUAUUCUUAUGAUCAAACUUGAUAAUUCUAUAUUUUAGGGAUUUUGGGAUUUCGAAUGUAAAAACUUUGAACCUUAUUAAAAUCCACAGGUUGAGCGGACCCUUCUGCUAAACGUUUUAUAUUGGGCAGCCCUGACUCCAUUGGAUCUCAAAUUGCACCAUUGACCGGUUGUUUUCCUUUUGACAGGAGUUAAGUUGAAUGUAACUAUUUUGAACAGGCAAGGUGAAUUUCCGAAUAAGAAACUUAAAAUUUUACAAUCAGACCUGCAGUCUUGAACAACCAUACCCUGUAUUGAUAAGAAAAAAUUAAAGUGGAAUUUUUUUGAGAAACUAUAGGACUUAAUUCAGUUUAAAAAAGAAUCUUUCAGCACUAGAAAUCUUCAACCCUUCUUUUGAACUGACACUUUCGGGUACUUGUUUUAACAAUUGUGAUACUUGUGGGUUCAACCAACACCGUCUAUAUUAUCAUGAAUAGUUUUUUCUUAUGUGCUCAGCAACAAUAUUUUCUAUUUGGAUUUUUUAGGUCGCGUCAAAACUUAUUAGCUGAUAAUAAUGGGUCUGUUAAAUUUGUUUUAGACAUAUUGAGGUGAGUUAUUGCAGAUUGCGGUUAUUGCAGAUGACCCCACCCCCCGUUUUAAAUAGCUCUGGGAUCCAAAGCCCCUCUUUCAUCGACGAAAACCGUCGAUAAAAAUUCGUGUAACGUAUUGUCCCUUUUAUGAACAUGCAUCUGUUCUUCGAUCAAAGAAAAGAAUUUACUUAUUUCGUGCAGACUAUGUAAACACCUCGACUGAUCGAGUAUUAGAACAGGAAUGUCGGAAUGAAAUUAUAUUUUUUAUGGAGAAGAUUGACGAGAAAGAAAACAAAUUGGCUUACAAUUUCGGCUUCAGAAUUCAAUGGAAAGCCCUGACAAUAACGUCUUGCUGAAUUACAGUUGAUACAAUAAAGUUUCUCACCAAUUACCUAGAGGCGAAAUAUGAAAACAUACGAAUAAAAUGGAAGAGAAAACGUACAUUCUUUUAACUAUAAUGAUUACAGCCGACUGUAUGAGGUAUCAGUGGUCUUCUUUAAUUUUAAUUAGAAAAAAGCUCUUGAUUUCCUGAUGAUAUUUAAGUGCAGCCAGGGCGGUAUAUGCAAGAUUCGCCGCAUUUCACUAUUGAAUCUAUUAUUUUCAAUUCAUUGCAAAUAGGGUGCAAAAAGGUAACUAAUUUACAGCAAACUGAAACCUUCAUGAGCCUUUUCAAGCGAAUCGUUGCAUCAGGCGGAAUUUUUUCUCUUAGAAUACAUAUGAACACAAGAUAUAAACCGUCUUGUUUAAAGAAAUACCCCAAUAGGCGUGGUUAAACUUCCCCAUACGAAGAGAACGUUAAUUUAAACCAUCAGUGUCACUGUUAGAGCUUGAAAUGUCAGAUAGUGCCGGAAAAUCAGAGGUGUCUGCAGAACUUUCAUCACCGGAGAGGUCUGACCAAUCAUUUCCAAGGUCUGCUUCCACCUGUAAGGUAUUGUCGUGAUCGUUGCCAGCAGUCCCCUGUGCUGCAGUCUUUCCAAUGUACGGUCCAAAUGUGUUACAGGCAGAGACAACCUGCUUCCUACAAUAAUGCAAACCUUGGUGUACCAAUGCAAUUUUACCUCGCAAAACAUCAUCAGUUUUCUUUGACGUUGUAUAUUUAGCCUAAAAUGCAGAUUAAAGAAUUAUUUUGGGGGUUUAAGGACCAACUUGCAACUUUAAAAGUGCUGGAUGGAUGGAAGAAAGGAUUGAAGGAAGGUAGAUGGAUGGAUGCAUGGAUGGAUGGAUGGAUUGAUGGAUAUCCAUAGAGUUACGAACGUAAGACAAAUUUUGAAUUGGCCUGACAAAUACAAAAAAUUAUUUAACUUGUCACAAGUCAAACAAAACAUACAUUAUUAUCUUCGUGAAUGUCUGGAAUUCCAUGCUCACAGUUUCCAGCAAAGGAGUCUGCAAUAAUUAAAAUAGAAAGUUAUUAAAAUCGUAGAUGCGUGUAGGCUGUCCAAUUUAGUUGCAUUGUUAAAUACAUUUGCAGUCGUACAGCUUUUUGACGAGGCUGGUUAAGAUAAGACUUCUAAGACUUCUAAGAGAUGGAGUAAAAAUUGACGAUUUCUUCUGUACCAAAUAAGUACCAACACGAUAAAUUGUUACCAGAAAGCUCCUUUAAACGUUUCUGUAGAUCUUUCAUUUUUUUCUCCUUGAAAAAUGAGAUGAAAUUCUUCAUUUCCAAUUCAAUUAGAGACAGCUCCUCGUUCAGCCUCUUCAAGGUAAGGUUCAAAACCAGGAGGGUCUGCUUCAGUUCAGAAGUUACUUGAAAAAAAACAGAAA